AUGCUACAAGAACAACCGCGUGCAAGCAGUACUCCAACUCCGAUCUCGGAUAGCAGUUCAUCAUUUGAGCAGUGUGAACCGGAGUUAAGUACUUUACCGGAUAGUCACGACAUGAGUGCUCACAAACACGUGGAGUACGACAUCUAUUUUGAUGAGAGAUCGACGAUUGGAAGCGAUCCGUCCUAUCAAGGAAUGACGGCCUUCGAAAGAAUUUUCGAAGAUCAACGGAGAAACAUUGCUAUAUCGCACAGCAACUACAGUCCAAUUGAGUUUGUUUUGUCGUAG